AUAAUGGCCACUAUCCCAACCGUUGACCUGGCCUCACCAUUCAUGGAAACUGUCGAGGCCAUUGAUUAUGCCAUGACCACUUCGGGUUUCAUCAUCAUCAAAAAUGCCCCUAAAUUCCCCGCCUCAAGGAACCGGACAGCUCUGCGAAUGGCAUCGGCCUUAUUCAGUGUUGAUAAUAGAGAGAAACGCACAUCUCUAAGCCCCGUUCCGCACUCUAUUCGAGGUUACUUCGGUGUUGGUGGCGAGAAUAUUGAGGGUCUAACGUCUAUUCAGGAUAAGGCCGUUUCUGAGGUGAAGGUGAUUGACUCUAAGGAAGGCUGGGAAGUCGGACGAGAGUACCCACCUGAAUCGGGUCGUCAUCAAGACUCUAUCGUUGGGAGGCUCUUCUGCGACCCUAAGCUCAACAGGUGGCCCAUAGGUCUGGACUCCCACAACUGUCCUGUUUCUCCGAAUAGCACGGAUGCUUCGACCCAGUCCGAGGAAAACUGCUAUUAUCACGAAGAUUCUCAGUUAUCGACUCAGCAGCUCAUGGCUGGUCUUCACUUUGAUAAUGCGGAAUGUAAGGAUAUCACGCCCGAGGACUUCAAGAAUUUUAUCACUGCAUAUUAUGAGGACGUUGUUGAGCUUUCGAGUCAUCUGAUCGCUCUUGUUGAGAUCGCCUUGCAACGCCACCACAAUGUGUGUCCUGGUCUUGCGGCUCAUUGCAAUUCUGACAACAUGGUGAGCACUUUGAGGAUGCUCCGGUACCCUCCUAGCAUGGGGAAUCGCUUUAGUAAGCUGCCCAGUGGGGAAAGUAUCGGCAUCGGUGCUCACAGAGACUAUGGUCUUCUUACUAUUUUACUUCAAGAUGGUUCUGGUGGCCUGCAAGUACUGAGUCCUGAAGGCACGAGUUGGAUCGACGUACCUCCCAAUGUCAAUUUGGAUUUCUUCGUGAUGAAUGUUGGCGAUAUGCUUAUGCAGAUCACAGGUGGUUUAUACAAGUCUAAUAUUCACCGCGUUAUUAGACCGGAGACAUGCUCCGAGUCGAGAUAUUCGAUACCAUUUUUUGUCGAACCUGAGCCUCGGAUGGAGAUCCCCGGCACUGGCGGUAACGACUGUGAGGCGUUCCUCAUUGAGUACUAUAAGAGGAGUGGAAUUCUCAAUGAGGAAGUUGUUCGACAUCAUCGACAAGCUCUUCAGAAAGUCUCAAACUAGCCCUGUUACUAUUACUAUUUUUCCAAAGUCUUGGAGCUUCCGUAUCAG